UAGGAGGCUGUAUAUAGAAAAUUUCUAAAUAUUAAUCUAAAUUCAUAAAAAAAAAUUAAUUAUUUAUUUAUCACUGUAACAAACUCUUCCCCAACAGAUGGUCAUUCGAUGAAUUGAUAUCUCUGUAAUUGAAUGUUCAAAAAUGGUGUCCAUGCUGAGCAGAGUCACAAAAUCAACAAAAGUGGGAGGAAGAAGAAGCAGAGACCUAGUGUAUGUAGCAGCAGUGCCCUUAAGAGCAGCAAAGGGACCUGCCCAGCUGAUUAUGUCUUCUGCUUACUCCCUAAACCUUUGGGGUUUGCAGCACUUCAUGGUCCUCAUCAAACCCUCCUCCUCCUCACCUCCUCUCUCUCAGGCCUCUGUUUUUGAUUUUCAACCUCAAGAUCCUGAAAAUAUAUAUGUAGCACUUGCAGCCCUAUCUGGCAGAAAAAUACCAGGUAUGCCCCUUGAUAUUUUUAAAAUUUUUGUUUCGUUUUUUGUUUUGGUAUUUGAGAGGGUAAUUUUUGGUGAAAAUUGGGCCGAGCUGCGAGAUAGACUUUGUGACCCAAAAUACGCAAGACUGUGUAAAAAGGCCAACGGUGAAAACCUUGUUACUCGGUAG